AAACAAGAAAAAUCCCAAAUACAAAACCCUUCCCCACGUAAUCGUGAUUUUGCAAUAUCGAAGAAAAGAAAGUGACCCAAAACCUCUAAUCGCGAGUUCGUUUAUCUUCGCCGAUGUCAGUACUCGAGAUCGAGAUGAACAAUGUUCAUAUUGAUGAGGAACCCGAUGAUGAAAAUUUGGAAGACCAAACCGCACGAAGUGAAUUCAACCUCGAGCAAGCAGUAAACGAAUACGUCGAUGAACCGUGUAUUCGUCACGAUGUCAUUCCCGAGAGUGAUAGUGACGAAGACGAAGAUGUUCAACGGGGGAGAGAUCGUAUUGAUAUCAGACGUGGUGAUGGGAAUUUGUACAAGGACCAAGUGUUCUACAAUAAAAUCGCGUUUAAAGAAGCUGUCCUCGACUACGCUCUUCGAUCAGGUAGGAAUAUCAGGCAGUACAGGUAUGAUAAAACAAAGCUUGGGUAUCGUUGUAAUGCUGAUGGUUGCGAAUGGCGUAUCUACUGCUCAGUUAGUUCUAAGUCUGAUAAGUGGCAAGUUAAGAAAUUUAAGGAAAAGCAUAGUUGUACGGUUAAUGGGGAGUGUGAGCUGAUGAAAGUGCCAGUGAUUGCAAGAUUAUUUCUUGACAAGAUCCGGGAUGAACCUGUUUACUUUAUGCCAAUGAAGAUUGAAGAACUGAUAAUGCAAAAAUGGAAGAUUAGUGUAUCGAGGCCUCAGUGCCAAGAUGCUAGGCUUAAAGCUUUGAAAUGGAUUGAUAAAGAAUAUGAUGAGCAAUUUGCACGGAUUAGAGAUUUUGGUGUUGAGAUAGAAGAAUCAAAUCCGGGUUCUACGGUGGAAAUUGAUACCCUCACGAAUGAGAAUGGUGAAGAUGAAUUCAAUAGAUUCUAUGUGUGCUUUGAGAGUCUUAGAAGAACAUGGAAGGAGACUUGUAGGCCGAUAUUAGGAGUAGAUGGCUGUUUCUUAAGAGGAAAAACAAAAGGUCAGUUGUUAGUAGCUUUAGGACGAGAUGCGGACAACGCUAUAUAUCCAGUGGCAUGGGGCGUUGUCCAAGUGGAGAAUGGCCCUAAUUGGCUGUGGUUUGUGAACAAGGUUAAAGCUGAUUUGGGACUAAAAGAUGGUGAAGGAUACAUAUUGAUCUCGGAUCGUCAGAAGGGAUUGAUUAGAGCUGUGGAGAUAGAGUUACCACAGAUUGAACAUAGGAUGUGUGUCAGACACAUAUAUGGGAAUUUGAAGGCAAAUCAUGGUAAAAAAUCACAGAUGAAGCCGUUUAUCUGGAAUCUAGCAUGGAGUUAUAAUGAGGCUGAAUAUAGAGAAAACCUAGAGAGAUUGAAGCAGUAUGAUAUGGGUGUUUAUGAGGAUGUGAUGAAGUCAAACCCAAUGAGAUGGUGUAGAGCUUUCUACAAAAUUGGCCACUAUGUUGAAGAUGUUGAGAACAACUCCACAGAAUCAUUUAACAACACGAUAGUCAAAGCAAGAGAGAAGCCACUGGUGCCUAUGUUAGAAAUGAUUGCUCGGCUUGCAAUGGUACGUAUUGCCAAAAGAAGUGUUAAAUCUCAUGAUCACAAGGGUUUAUGUACACCAUAUGUGGAAGAAUAUCUUGCAAAAGAGCUUGAAGAUGCUGCAGAAGUUAAGGUUCAUCGAAGUACAAACAAGAUGUUUUUAGCUAUGUUGUCUGGUUGUUCUUACCGUGUGAGUUUGAAUCAGAGGACUUGUAGCUGUAGGAAAUGGGACAUCACAGGAAUCCCUUGUGUACAUGCAUAUGGUGUUAUCCUUAAGUUGAAACUUAAAGUUGAGGAUUAUGUCUGCCACUGGUUUCGUACAACUCAAUGGAAGAAGAACUAUACAGAGGGUCUUGUUCCAUUAAGAGGUGCAAGGUUUUGGCCUGUUGGAACAGCUCCUCAAGUGCAUCCAGCUCCUGAGCCUCCACAGCCUGGCAGGAAAAAAAGAAGUAAGAAGGUGAAAAGAAAGAAAGGAAAAAAUGAGUCUCCUUUGAAGAAGCAACCAAAACUUCUAAAACGAGUUAUGCAUUGUGGGGUAUGUGGUGAGGCUAAUCACAACUCUAGGUUUCAUAAGAAGAAGAAAGAGGUUCCUCAAGGUGAACCUUCUCAAGGAACUGUCACGCAGGAAAUGAGGUUGAACUGAGCUGGUAUAGAGCUUAGAAGAAGCUUUUGGUCUGUUUUUUUGUUAAAGCUUUUGGUCUGUUUUCUAGGAUUAAGAAGCUUGCCUCUAAUGUCUGUUUUUCAGGCUUUUAAACUAAAUGUGUCUUGGGUUU